CUCGUGAAACACUAGCCACAGACAUUCCAAUGUAGUGACAGUGCAUUGAAUUUGCAUAUUUUAACUACCCAGCGGCUAUUGUCCAACCGCCACCGCAGCAAAUGGGCUACCAACUACCAACACAACAGCAGCAGGUCCUAAUCAAUGCUACUAAGGGGUGGCCUUUUCAUCUCACUCUGCAACUUUCACGGUUUCGUGAUUCGUCGUGGGGGACAAAAGUCCUAUAACUUUUUAAUUUAAUCGUUUUUGAGGACUGUUUACCGUGAGUUUCCACUACAUUUGCCUACAUUUUUGAUCCAGAAAGCAGGCAUGGCUGUUGGACUCGGGAGGAGCGAGCCAAAGCGUCAGUGACUGCCUUGUCACACACCCCACUCUGAAGAAGGGAUAUGCAUGGUCUCAACACCGGACAGAUCUCUCAGGAAAUUCCUAAUUUUGCCAAGGGUCACCUGUUCUCCGGGCUGGUUUGUACACCUGGAAAAGCUUCUAUUUUCACUUCUGUCCGGAGGAGUAUGACUGGCUGUGUAUGUUCCUGAUAAAGACCAUCUCUAUCCUCCACCUUUUAAAUAGUCUGGGAUCUGAAGCUCCGUGCCAGGAAGGGACAGCUGGGACAUUGAGCGUCACUAUGGCAUCUGAGGACAUAGCAGCUGCUGUGGGUCGUGGGACCGUGCUGGAGUCUGCCGUGUCUGCCGAGACCAGAAAUGACUUUAUCACUUCAGACUACAGCAUGUCUUGGAGUCCAAGCAAAGCACGCCCACGUUCUCACCAGCCAGAAGUUAGCAACCAGGGCAGCAGAGGCUGCUGCUCACCCCUCCCUCUGUCUCUGAAGUUAUCUUAUGACACCGGGCAGGGGAUGUUUUUGGAUGCAGGAUGCAAUUGCUGGGAUUACUCUAACCCUGAACAUGCUAGUGCCUUAGACCAGCUCAGCGCCACGUCUCUGGGGGAGCGGAGGAUGGGAGGGUUGGGUUUUAGGGCCUGGAAGGCUGGUUGCAGAAGGACCUGGCACCCCAUCGUAUCAGUUAGAGGGCACGGCGUGGAAACUCUGGCCAUCAGCCUGCGGGUUUGCAGAGGGCUGCUCGGCUACUCCGGAGUCAGACUCUCGGAGAUACACCAUGUGCUGAGUGUUGACAACCUGGUCCACCCAUGCAGGAAGCUCCUAGCCUUUGCCAGAUGUGUGUGUCUUAGGGUGGAAUGGCCUCCCUACCUCUGCCCGGCUCAGCCUAGGUACGGGUAUCGGGCCAGCUCCCAGAAGACCUCUGUGUAUGCCUGUCUGACCGGGGCCCUGCUGGAGGCCACCGCCGCCAUCGGGGCCCGCAGUACUCUGCCCAGAGUCACUGUGUGCUCCACUGGCCACGCCAUGCUCAAAGAGCGUCAGAUGUGCAGCAUGUCAGUGUCGAGCGCCCUUCCGCCCAACAUGAUGGACAUCAGCAAGGAGCUGGCUGAGCUGUGCCACCUGAUCCAGUUCCCCGAGGAGAUUGCUCGGAUCCUGACGGAGCAGGAGCGGCAGCUGUACCGACGCAUCUUACCCCUGGACUACCUCUGCUUCCUCACUAGGGACCUGGGCAGCCCCGACUGUAGCAAGCACCUGCACCCCAGCCUCGAGGACUCGCUGUCGGGCCCGGCCUUGCCCACGCAGACCCAGAGGAACUCUGUGGAGGACCUGGUCACACGUUUCAAUGAGGUGAGCUUGUGGGUGACCUGGUUAAUCCUGACUGCGGGUACCAUGGAGAAGAAGAGAGAGAUGUUCUCCUACCUGGUCCAUGUUGCCAAGUGCUGCUGGAACAUGGGCAACUACAACGCUGUCAUGGAGUUCCUGGCUGGACUACGGUCUCGUAAAGUGCUGAAGAUGUGGCAGUUCAUGGACCAGUCAGACAUUGAGACCAUGCGCAGCCUGAAAGAUGCCAUGGCACAGCACAAGUCUUUGUCCGAGUACAGGAAGGUGGCACUUAACAUCCCAGGGUGCAAGGUGGUGCCCUUCUGUGGCCUCUUCCUCAAAGAGCUGAGUGACGCGUUGGAUGGAGCAGCCAGCAUUAUCAGCCUGCGCCACUCACCGCAUGACUUGCCAGAGUUUGUGACGGACUACGGCGGGCAGGAGCACUUCCUGCAGAGGGCGGGGCCAGACGGACUGCACAGCCACGUGAAGGAGGCCACGGUCAGUAACAUCCUGCAGAUCAUCCGCUCCUGCAACCGCAGUCUGGAGACAGAGAAAGGGGGCCACCACAAAGGCUUCACCUCUCACGGGAACUAUUUCAUGGACAGGAACCAGUUUGUGGAGGGCGACCUCUCUGAGCAGGCUAAAGAGGUGGCAUUCCAGGGCACUGAGGAGACCCACCGGGCCUUUAGCCACGGCACAGAGCUCAUCCCCUGGUACGUGCUCUCCCUCCAGCCUGACAUCCACCAGUUCCUCCUGCAGGGAUCCACCGUCAUCCACUACGACCAGGAGAGCCACCUCACCGCUCGCUGCUUUCUCCGCCUUCAGCCCGACAACUGCUUUCUGACCUGGGCUAAUCCCCAGAGCGGCAGCCCCCCCACAGAUCCCCCAGGCCUGGGUCAACCCGUUGUGAGCGGCCUGGCGGAGGGCCUGCUGGACAUCUCUGUGGUCAAGGCUGUGUUCAUGGGCCACCAGGGGGUGGACAUGUUCGCUGUGUGUCUGCAGAACAAGCUGUGUAACACCAUGAGGGCCGUGGAGAAUGGGGUCAGUCUGCUCUACGGGCUCCAUACUACAGACAACAGGCUACUGCACUUUGUGGCCCCCAGGUACACAGCCAGCAUACUGUAUGAGGGCCUGGUGGAGCUGGUCAAAGCCAUGAGGAAGCUGAAGAAGUUCCCAGAUAAGAGGCUGCACUGGCUCAGGAGGCAGUACAUCCACCUCUAUUGGGAGGAGGGCAGGUUUGAGGGUCCCACCCUAGCACAGGCCAUCAAGCUGUUUGGGGGGCGGUGCUGGAACAUGGGCACAGAGAAGCCCAGCACGCAGAAGAACAGCUCCACCACCAAGAAGAAGAAGAAUGCUCUCGUCAGGAAAUACAGCGGGGAUGCUACUGAUGACGAGACGAGCCAACGUAAAACCAAGAGCUGCAAGGACACCCUGUGCAGAAACGGGCCGGAGCUAUAUGACAGCGUGCACCAGGAAGAGUUAGAGGGCGGCUUCCCUGGACCCCUCCCCCCACCGUGUUGCAAGAGCCCUGGUUCCCUGACCUCUGGUUCCCUGGCUUCCUCCCCCAUCCUCUCAGGCAGCACCAAGGCCCAGCCAGGUGCAUGGAGCAGCAAGAGCUGGCACGGCCUAGGGAAGGGCUAUUUCAAGGGCUUCCAGGACCUCAUGAGCUCUGACAGCACUAUGAGCUUCAUCGAGUUUGUCGAGCUCUUCAAGUCUUUCAGCAUUCGGAGCCGUAAAGACCUGAAGGAGCUGUUUGACACCUACGCCGUUCCUUGCAGUAGCUCCGGCCCAGAGUCUGCCCUCCUCUACACCACCCUGAGGCUGGACGACAAGGAAACGGGACAGCAGCCUGACCUAGACUUGCUGACCCGUAAUGGAUCGGACCUGGGCCUCUUCAUCCGAACACGCCAGCAGACGUCGGAAAACCAGAAGCAGAUCUUGGACGCCAUUGCUGCAGCCAGCAUCGUGACCAAUGGGACGGGCGUGGAGAACGCCUCUCUAGGAGUGCUUGGGCUGGCCAUCCCACAACUCAACGACUUCCUGGUCAACUGCCAGCGGAAACACCUGACCUACGAUGAGAUCCUCAGCAUCAUCCAGACAUUUGAGCCUUGUGUAAGCAUACGUCAGAUGGGUUGGAUGUCCUUUGAAGGUUUUGCCAGGUUUUUGAUGGACAAGGAGAACUUUGCAUCUAAGAACGAGGAGUCUCAGGUGAAUGCGGAGGAGCUCCAGUACCCAAUGUCUUACUACUACAUAGAGUCCUCUCACAACACGUACCUCACUGGACACCAGCUCAAAGGAGAGUCCUCCGUGGAGCUUUACAGCCAGGUGCUGCUGCAGGGCUGCAGGAGUGUGGAGCUGGACUGUUGGGAUGGAGACGACGGAUCACCCAUUAUUUACCACGGAUACACCCUGACCACCAAGAUCCCCUUUAAGGAUGUGGUGGAGGCGAUCAAUCGCACUGCUUUUGUCAACUCGGACAUGCCGGUCAUCCUGUCCAUUGAGAACCACUGCUCUCUGCCCCAGCAACGCAAAAUGGCUGAAAUCUUCAAGGCGGUGUUCGGAAUCAAGCUGGUGAGCAAAUUCCUGUUUGAAAGUGAUUUCUCUGAUGACCCGCUGCUCCCCUCCCCCCUGCAACUGAAGGGAAAGAUCCUCCUCAAGAACAAGAAGCUGACAGCACACCAAGCUCCUGUUGACAUUCUCAAACAGAAGACUCACCAGCUGGCCCACAUAAAGGCACAGACCGGCAACGGGGCCCAGGGAGGAAGCUCUCCUGGUAACCACGAUGAUGACGAUGAAGAGGAAGAAGACGAGUAUGACGAUGACUGCGAAUCCCUGUCUGAUGAUAACAUCCUGAAUGAUAAACCAGAAAGGAAGUCAUCAGGUGACAAGGAAGACCAUCCCAUCACUGAUGAGAUGGCCAAGAGGAUGAAGAAAGCAGACAAUGCUGUAACCAAGUACAAAGGGAAGGUAUUUGACAUAGAGCUGGAAGAAGAGUUAUAUCCCCCCCAGAACAAGAAGGAGAGUCGACAGAUCGCUCAGGAGCUCUCUGACCUCAUCAUCUACUGCCAGGCCGUAAAGUUCCCUGGCCUCUCCACCCUCUCUCAUUCGGCCUCUGGCAGAAGAAAAGACAGAAAGAACAAGAAGUCCGUCUUUGGCAUGGAUCCUGGUCGUAGUGGAGGCAGCCCCAGGGAGGCGGUACCAGGGAAGGGUAGCAUGGAGGGCAUCCGUCUGAGCUGGGAAGAGCAGACAUCGCCCGUGCUCAGCCCCAAUGCCUCGGUGAGUGCCGUCAUCCACACUCCCAAGUGCUACCACGUCUCCUCUGUCAACGAGAACACUGCCAAGCGCUUGUGCCGCCGCAACUCAGAGAAGCUGAUCCAGCACACCACCUUCCAGCUGUUAAGGACCUACCCGGCCGCCACGCGCAUCGACUCAGCCAACCCCAACCCUCUGCCCUUCUGGCUACACGGCAUGCAAGUGGUGGCUCUCAAUUAUCAGACUGAUGACCUGCCCAUGCAGUUGAACAUGGCUCUGUUUGAGGCAAAUGGGCAUUGUGGAUAUGUCCUGAAACCUCCAGUGCUGUGGGAUCGCAGCUGUCCCCUCUACCAGCAACUCUGCUCCCUGGAGAGAGACGUGGAGAGCAUAAGUCCAACACUCUACUCUCUGACUAUUGUGUCUGGGCAGAACGUGUGCCCUGCCAUCGGCGCGGGCAGCCCCUGUGUGGAGGUGGAAGUGAUGGGCAUGCCCGUGGACAGCUUCCAAUUCCGCACCAAGCCCAUCCACCGCAACACGCUCAACCCCAUGUGGUCAGAGCACUUCCGAUUCCCCGUGCACUUUGAGGACGCCUGCUUCCUGCGCAUCGCUGUGGUCGAGAACAACAGCUACCAGACCACUGCUCAAAGGAUUCUGCCCCUACGGGCCCUCAAACCAGGCUAUAGACACAUCCAGCUGAGGACGCAGCACAACGAGCCCCUGGAGGUGUCCAGUCUGUUCAUCUAUAGCCGCAGAGUAGAGGAGAGCCCCACCGGCACAGCCCUGCCUGCUGCCAUGCUGUUUAGUUCUGAAGAGCGGAGGGCAGCCCAGCAACACAAAGUGACUGUCCACGGUGUGCCAGGUCGAGAGCCUUUCACUGUAGUGUCUGUGAAAGAGCAGACCACAGCCGGACAGCUACUGGACACGUUGCUGAUGUCCACAGAUGGUGCCAAUGAGUACUUCCUUUGUGAGGAGAAGGUGUCACUGGGGAAGGAGCGCAGUGACCGUAAGAGGUGUCCUCAGCAGCGCCCCGUAGCCCCUGAGGAGGAGAUCAUCAGGGUUAUCAACAGCUGGCAGCCCGAAGAGGGAUAUGUGGGCAGAAUCUGCCUUAAAACCAAGGAAGAGAUGGCCUGUGAGGACGAGAGGAAAGGCAUCUUGUUUGCCAGCGAGCUGAAGAAACUGACGAGUUGCAGCCUGAGCGUCGUUGCCCCGGCCGCACAAGAGAGCAGCCACAGUAAGGAUGAAAGCAGCAGGGCAGCAUACGGUGUGCCUCUGACUGAGACCCAUGAGUGAGACGCUCGGUCUGCAGUGUGUGGAUAGAGUCCCCAGAAGGGUCUCUCUCUAUAGGACUCGAAGUCCUGUGUGGUGGAGGCAGAGAGGCUCCUCCUGGGGGGUGGUGGCGGUCCUUGGGAGCAGGGCCCACACCGGCUAUCUGACCACCUUAGAGCGCACCAGUAUUCCUGAACACACCAUGAUGAGUUGAGUUAGUCCCUCCCGUGAGUAAAGAGCUUCCCCCAGAAAGUCCCACCCUGGCUGGCUGGUAGAGUUGGAUGGCGGCUCCAGGAUGACGGUUCGGAGUGAAGGAAGGUCAUGUUAUCUGCUGGGUCGUUAGCUGCCAUCCCUCUGUGUUCAUUAGGGUACACCGUAGCAAAACAUUUUGCAAUGGAAAAAGACAAGUGUUUCUUAUUGGACAAGUUUAGGUAGUUCCUCCUUGUUUCAGUCCAUUUUAUUAUUGUUUGGUGCCUAAUGAAUACAUCCCUGAAGUGGUGGCCGUUGCUGAACGCAGUUGCUGAAUGCAGCAGCCAGCCUAACCCUGUUCAGCCUGUUUAUUUUUUUAGAAUGAAUAUAGGCUUGAUUCUUGGCCAUGUUGUAUCUUCUUCUACCCGCAGCUGAGUCAUGGGCCUACUGUAGGCUGGUGUUGAAUGUCUGCAUGAACUCCAGACAGUGUAUUUAGGUGAGGUGCGGGAAGCAGCAGUAGCUGCGGCUACCAGCCUUUCUCCUGCUAAGAAUGAGGGCAUUGUGAAUGUGGCCAACAAGCUGGCUUGUUGUUUGAUUCCCUUUGGCUGCAUUUACACAGGCAGCCCAAUUCUGAUCAUUUGCCUAGUUAUUGGCAAAAUAGCUGAUCUGAUUGGUCAAAAGGCCAAUUAGUGGGGAAAAAAUAAUGCAGGCCUUAUGUCCCAGUAUUCACAGUACUGUAAUUUAUAACUAUAUAGUUGUGUAUUUGAUGAUAUUCAGUGUUUUGCACGUAGUAGUUUUGCUGUUAUAUUCAGUAUUUUAUAUCGCCAUUUUUCCCGAUGGUUUAUCUUGUUUGAUAUGAAAGAGUGCGCUUCAAAAGUAUUGUAACGGUGACUGUUUUUGUUUUGGCUCCUUACUCCCGCACUUUGGAUUUGAAAUUAUACAAUGAUUAUGAGGUUAUUAAAGUGCGGACUGUCAGCUUUAAUUUGAGGGUAAAAAAUAUUUUGUCAUUUUGGAGAAUCUAAGAAUCUAAUAUGUUUCGAAACACUUCUACAUGAAUGUGGAUGCUACCGUUAUUACGGAUAGUCCUGAAUGUAUCGUGAAUAAUGAGUGAGAAAGUUGGACACAUAUCAUACCCCCAAAACAAUGCUAACCUCCCCUGUUAUUGUAAGGGUGUGAGGUAAGCAUGUAUUGGGGGUAUGAUAUUUGUGCGUCUGUCUUACCCAUCAUUAUUCAUUAGCCGUAAUCAUGGUAGCAUCCACAUUAAUGUAGAAGUGUUAAGAAACAUAUUAUAUUCUUAUUUACAAUAAAAGUGACACCAAAAUGACAAUGCAUGAUUUAUCAUUCAUUCCUAUUGGUCACAAAAUAAUCUGAAACACAACCACAACAAACUGCAAAUCCAUCCAAGUGUGUAGAGUUACAAGCUUGAAGUAAUCAUAGUGUGCUAGGAAUAUGGGACCAAAUACUAAACUUUUGACUACUUUAAUACACAUAUAAGUGCAUUUGUCCCACUACUUCUGAUCCCCUAAAAUGGGGCAUUAUGUACACAAAGUGCUCUAGUUUCUAAACGGUUAACCCAAUAUGGAUGAAAAUACCCUAAAGUUAAAGAUAACAGUCUGCACUCUAACCUCAGUCAUUUUAAAUCCAAAAUGCUGGAGUACUCACUGUAUGAUGGUGUAUGGUGUUUGAUAUGACAUUUGAAAACAAAAUGAGAUUUUGGUUUCAAAUUCAACUCGUCAUUGCAGCAGGUCCAAGCGUAUCAGCACUUGAGAACCCCAUCACCUCUUGAUGUCAAAAGCAAGAGAGGUUUUCGAAAACCCCCAGGUAUAAUUAAUUUUUUGUAAAACAUCAAAUCAAAAGUACAUUUUUAAAGGGGCAAUCAGCAAUUCCUACAUCCAUUUUUGGACUAAUAAAUUGAUAAGUACCCAUUUUGAUUCUUGAAUAAUAUAACUUCAUUUUAAAGGCCUCAUAAGCUUAGUUCAACUGUCGUACCCCAUCAGAACCCAAAAUAUAAGCUUGUUUUACUCCAAUGUUUGUAAACAAACCAAAUGUAAACAAACUAUAUAGCCUCAACAUGGUUUAAAGUUUCAUUUUGGGUGAGGCCGCUUUGCAAUUGUUUUUACUGCUGAUUGCCGCUUCAAAGUCAUUUUGUUGAUGUCUAUUGGAGCACACACAACUAUCAUAAUGUCAAUACAGGGUUUAGCGAUGUGUGAUAUUGUUCCCAAGUUGUUUAUUGAUGAAAUUGAUGAUAGUAUUAUACGGAGUUGUCUACUAGGUGUUUUAACCUAUGCCCAUUUCAGUCUGUUGUCAGAAACUUGAUUCAAAUGGGGGCCAUGUUGUUUCCCUCCUUAAUUUAGAAUGUGAAUCACUAAGUGUGAGAUUUGUAUAACAAAGUCCAUCUGUAGUUUUUUUCAACUUAGUAUAAGUUUGUUUUAAAACUAUGAAGGUGUGGCAUUUCUAAUGAAUGAUUUAUAUUGUA